GUCGCUCAGAGGCAUUCGGCCAGCAAUCAAUGUGGCAUCGCGUCACGCAACAGACCGGCAAUCAACAUGGACAGACUCCGGCGAAUGGUCUCCCGAAUCUCGCGGCGACGCUUAAGACAGCAACUAAACCUGGACAAUGAUGACAACGACAACACCGACAUACACGAUGACCCAAAACCACACGCCCUCGACCUCCUUCCGACGCUCCCUCCCCACCGCCGUCCCAUAACCGCCGUCCCCUCCGCCUCCCACGUUACCUCGCCCGACCGACGACCCGAUGCGACUACCUUCCUGACCCUUCCCUACGAGCUCCGCUACCAGAUCUACCUCCUCGUCCUCGCUGACCGUCAGGGUCUACACGUCGACAUGCGCUACGCCCAGGCCAGUCACGCCAGUGGCCGUCCUCACACGACUGAGGGGGCCUACUUCCACGAGGAGCGGUGGGCCUGGCGCUCGAGUACCUGCCACCGCGACCCCGAUGUCCACCCUGCUUUUGACCAAUGCGGGCUCAGCCGCCCUCCACCGACAGCUUGCCACUUGCACCCCGAAACCACCUGCUCCAUUGGUGCCGACGUUAUGGGUCUACUGUUGACUUGUCGGCAGGUAUAUCGGGAGGCAGUGGAGGUGUUGUAUGGUCGGAACACCUUCUAUAUGAAUACGGGCGCGACGGUGCUUUAUACCGAACGGCUGCUUGUGCCUGAGAGCGCAGCAAUGGUGACGAGCUUGGUCUUUACAAUUACUACCAACACUGUCUCGGUCUUUGCGCAGGAACAGUUGAAGCUGAAAGCGGGGUGGGAGGCAUACGAGACGAUAAUGGGAAGGAUUCCGGUAGCGUUUCCGGGCUUGAGGAAGUUGCAGAUUAUUGCCCUGGCGGCGAGGCGAGCGGGGGUUGAUUGGAUGCGCCAGACGAAUAAUAUACCUGACAUCAUCGAGGCGCCCCCCGAGGAUAGGACGGCGAAUGAGGCGGUUAAGGAGAAACUUCUGGGGUACAUGGACGAUACUGUUAUGGCGUAUCGCGGCCAGUUGAGGGAGUCCUCGUUGGUACUUGAGAAGGAUGUGUUUGAUAGGUAUGUGGGCGGUGACUAUGCUGCUGCUGAGAGAACAGAAUCAGGAGAAGAUUGGAGUCAGUUUUGGAGAAAGCUGCCUUUAGAAAGAAACGAGCUGGACUCGGACAAACCCGAGGCUCGGUGCGGAUAUUGGAUACAACGAGUGCCGAAGCUCGUCGAAGUUUGGUUCGGCAUGGUGGUGGAUUAUUCUGCAAUUGCCUAAGAAGGACAGAGGUAGGGUAUUCCGGGCAUCCAUUGCCA